AUGGCUGCGUUGACUCCCUACACGUAUAUCCAAUGCCCAUGCUCCGAUCCUGCCAACCUCUCCCGCCACAGCCACAGCGAUCCGUCGACCCCCAGCGCUCUCGAGGAGCUCGACGCCUUCGAACGGCCCUUCGACCCACGAGCCCCUCGCGCAGCCUACAGCCUGUAUCCCCUCGAGUACCUGCUCUACUGCGAGGACUGCCACCAGAUCCGAUGUCCCAGGUGUAUAGCUGAGGAGAUUGUCACAUACUACUGCCCCAACUGCCUGUUCGAGGUGCCUGGGAGCAACAUCAAGAGCGACGGAAAUAGAUGCACCCGCAGUUGUUUUCAAUGCCCCGUCUGCGUAGGCCCGCUGUCUGCAACCGCGAUCGACCCGCCGCCGCCCUCCAACUCCGAGAGCCAAGAGGCAUACUCCUCCGCGCUCCCUUCCUAUAUCCUCACCUGCUCGUACUGCCAAUGGACAUCCAGCGAGAUCGGCAUCAAGUUCGACAAGCCAAACGGAAUCUAUGCGCAGCUCCAGAAAAUACGCAACGGGGGCAAGACACGCCUGACGCCUAAGGAGCGCAAGGACAGGCGCAAAGAGGCUGUCACCGCCAGUACCGGCGUGAGCUCGACGGCGCUGGGCUCGUCCGCUCUGCCGCCGAUUGGAGAGGAAGCCCCGACGGCAAAACAGCAUGCCCGCGCCGGAGCAGCCGAGGAUCUCGACGUCGAGACACAGUUUGCCAACCUCAAGUCCUUCUACCAGUCCCAACUCGCAGAUGCCUCCGACAAGGGCGGUUUGUCCUCCCUCGGCGAACUGGGCAUCGGCUCGCCGGGAUCGCUGUCACGGAUCAUGAGCCUGUACACCGGCACUGGUCUUCUGGGCGACAAGAAGGCCAAGUCACGGUCCAAUGUGAUGCGCGAGUCACUUGAGCCCGAGGAAGGGCUGCAAAUCGCGGACCUGGACGAGACAAAGGCCAUCGAGCGCCUGCACAAGUCCGCGUGGUACGAGACCGCCACACAGAACCAGGCGACCUCCCAACCCCCCGUCAACGUGUGCGAGCCAAAUCUACAUGGCCGGGCGCGGUUCGUCGACGAGCUGCGGCCGGUCGCCUACCUGCUGCGCACGAAGCGCUCCAAGCGGUGCCCCGUCUGCCGGCACAUCGUGUCCAAGCCCGAGGCCAAGGUAACUAAUACGCGGUUCCGCAUCCGCCUCGUGGCGGGCAGCUACAUUCCCAGCAUCUCGAUGCGGCCGCUGCAGGCGACGUCGCUGUCGCAGAGCAUCUCCGGCAACCCUUUCGCGGGUACAUCGACGUCGGCGCCGGCGGGGCCACCGUCCCUGCUCGCGCCCCUGCGGCCCGUACAGUACCUCCUCACCUUCAAGAACCCGAUCUUCGAGCCCGUGCGGGUGACGCUGGCCACGCCGUCCGUCACGCCCGGCCGCUUCGCCAGCAAGGUGACGGUGCUGUGCCCGGAGUUCGAGAUCGACGCCAACACGGACGUGUGGGACGAGGCCCUCAAGGACAGGCGGUCGCUGCUGCAGCAGCAGAUGCAGCAGCAGUCACUGCGGGAGGACACCCCGGGCGGGGGCACGGGCCAGCCGUCCGUGGAGCCCGGCAAGGUGUGGGAGCGGGGGCGCAACUGGGUCACCAUCGUGGUCGAGGUGGUCCCCGCCAGCCUGGAGCUCGCGAGGACCAACGCGAGCCUGGUGCGCACCGGCAGCGGUGGCUGGGGCCUGGGCGGCAAGCGCGAGCUGGACAUGAGCCCGCUGCGGCCCGACGAGGACGUGCUCGAGAUCCCGAUGUUUGUGCGGCUCGAGUGGGAGACGGACGCGGCCGGUGAUGAGGGCAGGGCUGGGGACAUCAAGGGUGAUGGGAGGGAGAAGAGGGAGCUUGCGUACUGGUGUGUCAUGGGGCUGGGGAGGAUCUCCCAGGAUUGA